CGACAGUCACCAGCACCACCUCUCCACCAAGCGACAGUCACUAGCACCACCUCACCACCCAGCGACAGGCGCCAGCACCACCUCUCCACCCAGCGAAAGUCACCAACACCACCUCUCCACCCAGCGACAUCAACCAGCACCACCUCUCCACCUAACAAAAGUCACCAGCACCACCUCUCCACCCAGCAAAAGUCACCAGCACCACCUCUCCACCCAGCGAAAGUCACCAACACCACCUCUCCACCCAGCGACAUCAACCAGCACCACCUCUCCACCAAGCGACAGGCGCCAGCCCCACCUCCCCAACCAGCAACAGUCACCAACACCACCUCUCCACCCAGCGAUAGACAUCAGCACUACCUCCACACAAAGCGAAUGCCACCAGCCCCAUCUCAACACCAAGCACCUCCCCACCCAGCGACAGUCACCAGUCCCAUCUCACCACCCAGCGAAAGCCACCAGCACAACCUUCCCACCCAGCGACAGUCAUCAGCCCCACCUUAUCACCCAGCACCUCCCCACCCAUCGACAGUCACCAGCACCAUCUUCCUAUCCAGCACCUCCCUACUCAGCGACAGUCGCCAGCUCCACAUCCCCACCAAGCGACAGUCAUUAGCACCACUUCACCACCCAGCGACAGUCACCAGCACCACCUCUUCACCCAGCAAAAGUCACCACCACCACCUCUCCACCCAGCGAAAGUCACCAACCACAUCCCCCAUCCAGCACCUCUCCACCGAGCGACAGCCACUAGCACCACCUCUCCACCCAGCGACACGACUGCCACGAGCACCACCUUCCCACCCAGCGACAGUCAUCAGCCCUCCCUUCCUAACCAGCACCUCCCCACCCAGCGACAGUCACCAGCCCCACCUCCCUAACCAGCACCUCUCCACCCAGCGACAGUCACCUGCCCCACCUCACCACCCAGCGACUGCCACCAGCACCACCUUCCCACCCAGCGACAGUCAUCAGCCCUCCCUUCCUAACCAGCACCUCCCCACCCAGCGACAGUCACCAGCCCCACAAACCCACCCAACACCUCCCCACUCAGCGAGAGUCGCCAGCCCCACCUCACCACCAAGCGACAGUCACCAGCCCAACCUUACCUCCAAGACCCUGUGGCUGAAAUACGACAGUCGCCAGCCCAACCUCCCAACCCAGCGACAGUCACCAUCACCACCUCCCCACCAAGCGACAAUCGACAGCCCCACCUCCCCACCCAGCGACAGUCACCUGCCCCACCUCACCACCCAGCAACAGUUACUAGCACCACCUUCCCACCAAGCGACAGUCAUCAGCCCCAACUUUCCACCUAGCACCUCCCCACACAGCGACAGUCACCAGCCCCACCUCCCCAACCAGCGACAGUCACCAGCACCACCUCCCCACCAAGCGACAUUCGCCAGCCCAACCUCCCCACCCAGCGACACUAACCUGCCCCACCUCACCACCCAGCGACAGUCAAUAGCACCACCUCAUCACCCAGCGACAGUCACCAGAACCACCUCUCCACCCAGCAAAAGUCACCACCACCACCUCUCCACCCAGCGGAAGUCACCAACCACAUCCUCCACCCAGCACCUCCCCACCGAGCGACAGCCACUAGCACCAACUCUCCACCCAGCGACACGACAGUCGCCAGCCCAACCUCCCCACCCAGCGACAGUCAUCAUCACCACCUCCCCACCAAGCGACAAUCGAAAGUCCCACCUCCCCACCCAGCGACAGUCACCUGCCCGACCUCACCACCCAGGAACAGUCACUAACAUCACCUCCCCACCAAGCGACAGUCAUCAGGACCACCUCCCCACCCAGCGAAAGUCACCAUCCCUACCUCCCCACCCAACACCUCCCCACCCAGCGACAGUCACCAGCCCUACCUCUCCACCCAGCGACACUCACCAGUCCCAUCUCACCACAAAGCGACAGCCACCAGCACAACCUUCCCACCCGGCGACAGUCAUCAACCCCAACUUCCCACCUAGCACCUCCCCACACAGCGACAGUCGCCAGCCCCACCUCCCCACCCAGCGACAGUCACCAGCACCACCUUACCACCAAGCGACAGUCGCCAGCCCAACCUCCCCAUCCAGCGACAGUCACCUGCCCCACCUCACCACCCAGCGACACGACAGUCACCAGUCCCAUCUCACCACCAAGCGACAGCCACCAGCACAACCGUCCCACCCAGCGACAGUCAUCAGCCCCAACUUCCCACCUAGCACCUCCCCACACAGCGACAGUCGCCAGCCCCACCUCCCCACCCACCGACAGUCACCAGCACCACCUCCCCACCAAGCGACAGUCGCCAGCCCAACCUCCCCACCCAGCGACAGUCACCUGCCCCACCUAACCACCCGGCGACAGUCACUAGCACCACCUCACCACCCAGCGACAGUCACUAGCACCACCUCACCACCAAGCGACAGUCACCAGCACCACCUCUCCACCCAGCAAAAGUCACCACCACCACCUCUCCACUCAGCGAAAGUCACCAACCACAUCACCCACCCAGCACCUCCCCACCGAGCGACAUCCACUAGCACCACCUCUCCACCCAGCGACAGUCACCUGUCCCACCUCACCACCCAGCGACUGCCACCAGCACCAUCUUCCCACCCAGCGACAGUCAUCAGCCCUCCCUUCCUACCCAGCACCUCCCCACCCAGCGACAGUCACCAGCCCUACAUCCCCACCCAACACCUCCCCACUCAGCGACAGUC